AUGCAUGGGCGACCGGGACGAGCACCCCCAGAGUCGGCGAACGGGGGCUGCGACGGCGGCGGCGGCGGCGGCGGAGGCGACGGCGGCGGCGGCGGCGGCGGCGACGACGACGGCUGCAGCAGCGGUAGGGGCGGUGGAGGAGGGGACUGGGGAGGGGACACCUGGGGAGGGGCGGCCGGCGAGGACUGCACAGGAGGGCCACCAGAGGCAGAAGACUCCUCAACCCG